AUGUUGCCCUACAUCAACGCACCUUUCGAAUAUGUGGCCGGUAUACUUGGAAACUCGGCUGAUGAGCUGAAGCUCGUCUUCUCUUUUUACCUGUCCUAUCCCUUGGCUGCUGUCCUAAAAAGGAUACCGGACAAGGAUCCAUGGAAGAAGAAUGUUUUCGUAAUAAGCGUUUCCAUGUUCUACCUUGUUGGACUAUUUGACCUGUGGUCCGGCCUGCGGACCAUAUUCAUCAGUGCCGGCGGUGCCUACCUCAUCUCCUCUAAAGUCCACUCCCCGUACAUGCCAUGGAUCGGCUUUGUCUUCCUUAUGGGCCACAUGUCGGUGAACCACAUCUACCGACAGGCCGUCAACGAUCCAUCUGUUUUCGACAUCACAGGAGCUCAAAUGGUCCUGGUCAUGAAGCUCACUGCCUUCUGCUGGAACGUUCAAGACGGUCGACUUCCUGACUCUGAACUUAGCGAAGUCCAGCGAGAUCACGCUAUCCGGACUAUGCCCAGCAUUCUCGACUACAUCGGCUACGUCUUCUUCUUCCCUGCUAUCAUGGCCGGCCCAGCUUUUGACUACGCCGACUACAGCCAAUACAUCACCACGACUAUGUUUACCCUCCCCCCAGGCACUGAUCCAUCCAAAGCACCACCAACACGCAAGAAGCGUAAGAUUCCUCGCAGCGGCAUGCCUGCAAUUACAAAAGGUGUAUACGGUACUCUCUGGCUUAUCGCAUUCAUUAAAUUCUCAAGCUGGUACUAUCCAGCUUUCUUCCUCGGUGGCGAAUACAUGCAAUACAACUUCUUCCGUAGGAUAUGGCAGCUCUAUAUGCUCGGCCUCACUACUCGCAUGAAGUACUAUGCAGUUUGGAGUUUGUCUGAGGGUUCAUGCAUUCUUUCAGGAAUCGGCUACAACGGCCUUGAUCCCAAGACUGGCCGACCCAAGUGGGACCGUCUCACCAACAUUAUGCCACUCGAGAUCGAGAGUGCGCAGAAUGCUCGCGCUUACCUUGGCUUUUGGAACAUCAACACCAACAACUGGCUGAAGAACUACAUGUAUCUUCGAGUCACACCAAAGGGCAAGAAACCUGGCUUCAGAGCUACUCUAGCGACCUUUGUGACCAGUGCGUUCUGGCAUGGCUUUUACCCCGGCUAUUACCUUGCGUUCGUUCUAGCUGCAUUCGUACAAACUGCUGCAAAGAAUGGCCGCCGUUUGAUACGCCCACUAUUCAUGACGCCCGACGGAAAAUCGCCACUACCCUCGAAGAAAUACUACGACCUGUUUACCGUUAUCCUCACACAGACUGUUUUCGCGUACGUGGUCGCACCCUUCAUCCUGCUCGGCUUCUCCGAUACCAUAAAGGUCUGGGCAAGGGUCUACUUCUACACCCUCAUUGGCGUCGCCGCAUCCUUCGCGUUAUUCUCGCGGUCGUUCCCUUUCCGAAAGCAGCUCGUUCAGCGCCAGUCGGCACGUACACCACAGCCCGCAGCCAACAACUUCGACGACCCUGCGAUCGAGAAGGCAGCACGUGAGGAAAUCCGAAGAGAAAGGCUAGCAAGGACCAACUCGGCAGAUAGUGUUGCAGGCCAUGCUAAGAUGCCUCUCUUGGGUAUUGCAGACGACCCUGAAGCAGAAAUUGACGAGAUAGUAGCAGAAGUCAAAGCAGAGAUCGAGCAGAGGAAGAGGAGGGGUAGUGUGAUGCAAGGGUUCGACGUCAAGAAAGCCGUGCAAGAGAAGCUGAAGCAGUUUAACAAAAAGGGGUAG